AGAUUUCGCCAAAUUCCGACAUUCGGCCGCAUCCGUCGCUUCUCUGACAACAUCGCAGAUCAGCGCAAGUUGGCUGGACGCGAUUUUGAGAACAGCCUGCGUACUUCAAUACCAGCUGUGGAGGCACUUCUCGAGCACGAGGACAACACUAUCGUGCUUGACCUGAUAUUUGACUUGAAUUUCUGGCACUGCUUGGCAAAGCUACGAGCCAUAACUGACCCCCAGGUUGCUGACCUCGACACACGCGCGAUUGAGGUCGGCAAGGACACCCGCCGAUUUGCCAGAGUGACCUGCGCCAAGUACGUUACCAUCGACCUACCGAAGGAGGCCGCCGCGCGGGGACGACGGAAGGCGGCAUUGUCCAAGAAGACGGGAAAGGUUACGGUCGGCAAGCAGGUUGACGUGCGGCGGCGACGCGUGUUCAACAUGAACACGUACAAAUUCCACGCGCUCCGCGACUAUCCUGCGACCAUCCGCGCACAUGCAACCUCCGACAUCUGGUCCUCGCAGACGGUGAGUACCAAACAAAUGUACUUGGUUUUGAUACAUUACUGA